CCGCGGUCGCCAUUUUCAAAACAGAUAAAGCUUUAUUGCGCACAGCAGAAUUGUCCCGGAUAGAAGUUUAAAUAAAGAGCCGGAUCGUUUGAAUUAUUCAAGACUCCUUCUAAGAUGAUGGAGCUGCCGAAUUACAGCAGUCAGCUGAUGCAGCAGCUCUACGCCCUGAGGAAGACCGGCCACUUCUGCGACUGCACCGUCCUGGUGGGAGACAGUCCUCAUCGCGCCCAUAAACUGGUCCUGGCUGCAUCCAGCAUGUUGUUCAGGUCUCUCCUGGAUGCUUCCGACACAAUUUCCAUUGACACAGCCGUGGUUUCCUCUCAGGAGUUCGGCUGUCUGCUGGACAUGGUCUACACAGGCAAACUGCCUCUGGGCAAACACAACGUGAGCCGCAUCGUGGCCGCUGCCGACAGCCUGCAGAUGUUCGACGUUGCCAUCGGCUUCAAGAACAUCCUGAGCAGCCUUGUGUACUCGCAGCCCUCAGUCCUGGAGAUUUCAAAGCAGGGCAUGACCACGACACCUGGUAAACCCCAGAGUGUGAACCCUGAAGGGUCAGAAACACCCAAAGCAGACGGUCCGACCUCAAACAAGACUGAGGGGGCAGUGAAGGAGGAGUGUGAGGAUUCAGAAGGUCCUGCGUCCAAGAAAGCCUGUCUGGAAGUUCGUGAGAACUCAGAGUUAAAAGAAACAACAUCCUCUGAGAUGGUCAAUGAAGAAAUGAAAACCUCAGCGUCAGUCGUGGAGAUCAGCAGCUCUGCCCCUGGGCUUCUGGAACAAUCCUCUGAGCUCAUGGAGCUUCUGACCAACACGCCAUCUGUCCUGGAGCUGUUGAGCCAGGCAGCACAGAGCAGCCUGGAUGAACAGGAACGACAGGCUGUGCGUCAGUGCUGCGAGGAGGCGGAUCCUGGAGCGGCGCUGAUGAGACAGGUGAAGGAGGGUCUGCUCAGCGAAGAGCGCCUCGUCACACUGCUCCGAACCGUCCAACGCCAUCCUCCCUCCCCCGCCCCCACAACGCCGGACAGGAAGUCACAGGAGGAGUCGGAGGAGAACCAGAACAAAGGCGACACUAAAGAGCAGAACAGCCCAGACAGUGAAGAAAAGCAGGAGCAACAGCAGCAGCAGCAGGAGGAGGAGGAGCAGGAGGAGGAGGAGGAGGAGGAAGGGGAUAACUGUAAGGAGGACACUGAAGAGGACGACAAAGAUGGAACUGCUGAGAAGUCGCUGUCCUCCAAACCGUACUCCUGCCGCUGGUGUAAGAAGGGCUUCGACUACAAGUGUCGGAUGUUGGCCCACGUGAAGCGCUGCCCCCAGUCUAAGGAGUGUGAGCAGCAGUGUCCUCAGUGUCCGGAGAAACUGGCCAAUCAGAAGGCUCUGCAGCGGCACCUGACCCAGACUCACCGCACAGACAUGGGCAGAGCCAAGAAGAAGGUGUCCUGUGACCUCUGUGGACGGACGUUCGCCCACCCAUCAGGGAUGAUGUACCACAUGCGCACCGAGCACUUUGAGGAGAAGCCGUUUGCUUGUGAAGAAUGUGGCGCAAAGUUUGGCGCCAACUCGUCUCUGAAGAACCACAUGCGACUGCACACGGGAGAGAAACCAUACCACUGUAAACACUGCGACAUGGGCUUCAGCGUGGCGGCAGCGCUCGCAUAUCACACCAAGAAGAAACACUCAGAGGGGAAGAUGUACGUGUGUCAGUACUGUAAAGCCGUGUUCGCCCAGUCCAUAGAGCUGACCCGCCACGUCAGAACGCACACUGGUGAUCGGCCGUACGUUUGCCGGGAAUGUGGGAAGGGCUACAGCCAGGCCAGCGGGCUGACCGUCCACCUGCACACCUACCACAACGUAACCCAGCCUCAUGACUGUCAGAAGUGUUGUCUGAGCUUCUCAUCAUUGGAGGAGCAUCGGAAGCACAUCGAGGAGUUUCACCCUAAGGAGUUCCACAAGUGUCCCACCUGUGACAGAGUGUUCUCCAGCGCCGCCCUGCUGGACAAACACAAAGCAACGCACACUGGAGGCAAACCCUUCAGCUGCGAACUGUGCAACAAGUCCUACCAGCAGCUGUCAGGUCUCUGGUACCACAACCGGACCCAACACCCCGAUGUGUUUGCCAACCACACCCGGCAGCUCAAGGCCCUGGUCCAGUGCGACGUCUGCUUUAAGUUCUUCCCCAGCGCGUCCAGUUUGGCCAAACACCAGGCUGCAGACCACCAAGGCUCCGCCUCCUCGACAGUCCAGUGUCCGUCGUGUCCGGUCGUGGUCGGAGGAAACGAGGAGCUGCAUGAGCACAUCAGCACCCAACACGUCAGCUGCCCCCUCUGCUCAGAGGCGCUGCCCCCCGAGGUGGAGCUGCAGGACCACAUCCUGUCCUGUCACAUGGAGGUCCAGGAGGCCCAGCAGGAGCAGGAGCAGGAGGAGGCAGCGUCCACCUCCCACAGCGUGGUGUCGACAGCAGAGGAAGGGGCGGAGUCAGAGGGCGCAGAGCUCAGUGAGGACUCUUCCCAGAUGGCCGCUGCUCAACAGGUGUAUGUGGCUCUGGCCGCUCGGCGAGAGGGCGGAGUCUCAGCCGGGGUCGUUGAGGUCAACAUGUAUGACCUGCUCAACAACUCGGUCACCUUCAUCUGUGAGGACAAAGCGCCAGACGCCGAACCGUGACCCUACAAUCCAGGUUUUACACUCUGAUCAUGACAGAAAUGGAGUGUUUUUACCAACUUGAACAUCACUGUGUUAGUUUAACUACUGACUGACCCCUCCCCCGGCUGAGUUUAAGCUCCGCCCCCUCCCUAGCACUCUGUCGGAUGUUUCCCGUUUCUUUAAUGGAUGGAUAAUUAUGAACUAAACUCCAACUGAAGAAUUUACACACAGUCUCACAAAGUGACAGUAUAAGGGGCCGUCCUCCAAGAAUUCAAAAAUCCAUCUGAAUCUGUUUUUAGCAUCAUUAAAAAAUGUCUGGAGGGUUUAUAUUGCUUUAGUCACAUGAAUUACACAGAAAAUAAACAGAAAACUAGAAACUUCA